GCGCAAACAAGCUGUUUCACGCAUUUUGAGGGGCGUUCUUGAACGGCGCGAACUCGCCCUGGCUCAGACUUAGAUUGUUCCAGCUGCUUAGCAGACGUAAAACAUGUAUAAAUACGGCAUACAACUGUCUAAAGCAAAGUGAAAAGUCGAACAAACAUAUCACCCCUUGGAUGUGUAUUUAUGAAGUGAUUCCUAAAAUACGUACUAUCUCUUUAACUUUCCAGGACAACACGGUUCUUCUUCCGGGGCAGAAUUUGAAGGCUCAAAACAUGGCUGUAGUAUCUGAAGUAUAACUAAAGCUUCAGAUUUUGGUGUGGCUGUAGAUGUAUGUUAAUAAUUCAAUACUUUCUGAGUCAUCCGAACACCCCUUCUGCCUUUAGGGUCAGACAUGGAUGCUUUCCAUUAAGCUGUAGCGCUAUGCCCAGGACUGCAGAAGACUAGCAUAAAGGUUACCGAGCCACACAGCCACAACCGUAUGGUUUAUAAAGUUGUAAUAACCAUGAGGGCUGCAGUGAACUAAAGGUAGAACUAAACGUGAGUUUAUCAAGUUGCCCCCACUGUCAACAGCUACUUAAUCCUUUAGUCUCUCAAAAUGGCUUCAUUUGGCUGGAAGAGGAAGGUUGGGGAGAGGGUGUCCAAGUCCACGUUACAGCAGUUUGAGUCCGAGGCAGAGAAGGCAGGGGACCGACCCCGUAAAGAGGACGGCGUGGACUGGAUGCACGCCAUCAAGAGACGCCGGGAGGUUUUGCUGGAAGACUGCGAGACCAAGAGCGAGAGGCUGAAGGGUGAAGGUGCUUUGCUGGCCGAGGAAGGCAGGCAUUGGGAAGCCAUUAAGAAAUGGGACGAGGCCAUUCAGCUCACACCAGAAAACCAUCUGCUGUAUGAAAUGAAAUCUCAGGUGCUGUCCAUCCUGCAGGAGCUGUUCCCGGCGGUGAAGGCGGCGGAGAUGGCGGUGAAGCUGAAGCCCAUGUGGUGGGAGGGCUGGCAGACCCUGGGCCGGGCCCAGCUCAGCCUGGGCGAGGUGGACCUGGCGGUGCGCUCCUUCCAGGUGGCGGUGCACCUGAGUCCGUCUGACCCGGCACUGCGGGAGCAGGACCUGGCCUGGGCCCAGAAGCUCCAGCGGCAGCAGCGGGCCGCCCAGGAGAGGACCCUGCAGGAGGACGAAGCCCAGCGGCUGGUGCUGGACGCGCCCGAGCUGCGGCGCGACUACGACGACUUUGAGUCGGACGAGGUGCUGGAGGCGUGCACCGCGGUGGCAGAGCGCCAGCGGCGUCUGGAGGAGCUGAGGCGGACCACGGUGGUGCUGGACGCCGACGGGAACGUCAGGAGCAUCGUGGCGCCGGCGGGGGCGGGCGGGGCUGAGACGUCCCAGGCGCCGCUGGUCAAAGCGCGGGGGCUCUGAGGCGGUCCACCGGCGGAGGUGGUAGUACGUAGCAGGGACAACACGAGCAGGGUCGACUUUAUUUAACGUAGUGCUCUAGAUGUUUAUUUUGUUUGCAGGUGGGACCCGGUCGCCCCUCCACUCGCUCAGUCCCAACGCAGGGUUAAUUAUCUGCCGCACUGCAAAGAGAGAUUUAUGUGUCAUUGUAUGUACAUAUUUGGGCUUCUGCUGCGAGGGACACAAAGGCCGCGGAUGCAGCACAUGGACUACUUGAUAUGUUGAAGAAAAGCAGAACGAGAAUAAUCGUAGAGGCCAUAGGUUCUCACAUUUUUUAUUGUUAUUCUGCAAAAUAAGGGAAGUUAAAAGAAAAACAUUCUUAUCUGAAGAAAGACCAAGGCACUUAACAUCUUAACAUGCUGUAUAUUCACUGUGAGGCUUCUGCUACCCAAACAUCAUUCAAUUAAAUAAAAAACCUCAAAAAUAUGAAUGACUUUGUUUUGCUAAGAUCCUAUACACCACCUUACUCAUUGCCUUCUGUAUCAUUGCUCCCUUCUCGUCGCAUGCCUGUUCAGGGUCAGCAGGGCUUGGUGUGCACCAUUAAAUGGACUGCAUCUAUACAGCGCUUUUUGAACCAAUGGCCAACCAUGCAAGGUGACAGCCAGCUCGGCGGGAGCAGUUGGGUUGAGGUGUCUGGCUCAAGGACACCUCAAAACUCAGUUAGGAGGCGCCGGGGAUUGAGCUAGCAACCUUCCGGUUACCAGCCAACCCACUCUAUCUCCUCAGCAAAUGUAGCCUCUUAUUACUGCAUACUACCACAGCAUUUUGAACCGUUCCCUUGAUCCACAACAGUUUCUGUAGUUCCUGUUUCUGGAAUGACUUCUGGGUCCCUGGAAUCGGGCUCAGUAGGCCUUCUGCAGCUUCCCAAUUUUGAACACAAAACCAUUUCUUCUUUAGAAUCAGAGAAGUUCCUAAAUGAAGAUUUCACAAUGAUAGUAACCCCUCCUCCCCCCACGAUGUCACUUUGGAUAAAGUAUAUUUUUAUACUAUCUGAUAACAGUUAUAAUAUUUUAAUGGGUGGUGUGUUAUGUCAAGAAUCUGGCACUAACCAAAAGCAGGUGACUUGGCAUGGUUUAAGCCCCAGACAGUAUGGGACAAUAGUCUGGGCGUGGUUCCUACACACUGUUAAAACAAGGAACUAUAUUUCGAUCCGCCCAAUGUCAUACAAUUAUUUAUGUAACCAUAGGGAGCACAUUCCUGUGUGCUCACAGAUAUGCUGAAGAGUGUAAAUAGUCAUCAUUCUGGGAUCUCUGCUAACUUAUUGGAGCAAUUAUUUAGCUUGGCCCUGCAUAUCCAUAAUAUGUCAUGAACCUUCAGAAGAUUUUUCAAACUUUACCUUUAUCAGAGAAUACUGAUUUUUUGUGUUUUUCAUUUUAUACUUAAUUUUAAAUGCUGAUAUUUGACAUGUGAUGAAGAGAUGAGUCCCCUUAUGAUGCGAUAGUGAUUUACUAAUUGUGCUAUCAUACAGCAGUUAUCUAAUGCGAUGUGUAUGUAGACCUAUUGGAUUCCUUCUGAUUUGGUUAUUGGGAAGAAAUCUUUGGCAAUCCGCGGGCAGACGAUAACAAAUCGAACGCAACAUCUUUCAAUCGUUCUCGCUUCUCUUCAAUCCACGAGGUUGCGUGGGUGAUCUGACCCCAGACGUGGUGAUCAAUAGUCAAUCUGGCUCAUGACUGGGGCGUUAUUCCUUGGAUGCUGUCCGCUGCUCGGGACAAUUAUUUGUCCGCUGAGCAACAAACUUCUCUUCUAUUUUAUUCUGUUAGGGGAACUCAAAUUAAAAGUCACGUCCAAGCGUAACAUUUUGGGUGUUUUAAAAGCGAUGAACAGACAAAUGCAUAAUGAAAAGAGGAAGGUGUAAGUCUCGUAACGCGGUCUCCUAUAGGCUACAUGGAGAGGAAUUUACACUUAGGACAACGUUUUUAAAUGUGAUUUAGGCUUUUACUUUAUUUAAUUUUGGCACCACACAGUUCACUGGAAAUGAAAUGGAUAGGCCUAUUAUAAUUUGAAGUGGUCAUAAAGACAGAUUUAUAUUUGCAUGUGUGAUCUAACGUGAAUUCAGCAGCGGUUCAUGACGUUAAUUCGUGAAAAAUUAUAACGUUGAUAAAUAGGAAAAUAUUCACAAUGGGAUGGAAACAAUGGAAACCUUUCAAGAAAGCAAAUGAUUUAUACUUAAAUCAAUGUCUUUGUUCAAAUAGCGAUUCUUUGAGCGAUCAUUUAGGAAAUACACAUUCUUGGAUGUAGCAUAGGCCUAGUUUAAGUUGUAUUAUGUAUGUCUGUCUAGAAGUUACAGUAUUAGCUGCCAAAUGUCGAAAUGAGUUAUUUUCAUAGCUUGGGUAGGACUGCAUGCUGCCAUGACAACCAGUAUGGUUUAAUAUAAAAAUGUGAAUGCAUGGUCUGAAAUUGAUGGAAACCUAACCUUAUGGAUCUUCUCACAGAGAAGACAAUGUGAAAUGCUAAAAAGUUAACAUCAUUCAUGAGACACACAUCGACGGUAGUGCAAAGCCAGUCAGAAGAAUCAGCCAUUUUUUUGGUUUGUAAAAAUAAAAUGUUCACUUUACACAAAGAAUGUCAAUAUGAAAGUAACAGGGCUAGACCUAGUUGGUUUUUGAGAUUACAAUUUUUUGCGGGGGUAUUUUGUCGGAGGCUAUUUGCAAGAGAUAAAAUGCGAUAUUGACAAUGACAACUAGUACGAGUAAAACAUUCAGUUUUGCAUUUCUCCCAUAGGCCUAGGCCUGCCUCUCAGUAGUCCAAUCGCAGCAGUCUAUAGUCUCCAUCCGUAAUAUUCACUACAUCUCAGUAGUUUCAUCACACAGUCCAGUAGGCUAUCCAUCAGUAAUAUUCACUAGCCUACAUCAGUAGUCCCAUUACACAGUCUAGUAUCCAUCAGUAAUAUUCACUACAUCUCAGUAUACCCAUCACAGACUCUUAAUAGUCACUACAUCUCAGUAGUCACAUGACACCGUCUAGUAUCCAUCAGUAAUGUGUCCGGUGGAUUUGCUCCGUGUUCCCGGUUUAGAUGCAUUUCUCCCGCGCGCUCUGCGCCACGUCGGUAAAGGUCACGUUAAGCGCGUGGUCCUUGGCGCCCAUCACAAGUCCUCCUGCCGAUGACAUGCCGUUCCCGGUGCGCAGCCCGCUUAGUU